AUGCAGCCUCUUUUAGAAUCUAUUGAUUCUGAGAGUAUUAUCAAUAGAGAACUUCAUGGAUUUGAAUUUUCAUCUGCUGCAUUUGUUAAUGUAUUUUAUACGUUUUAUUCAUUCAGGAAUAAGCCUAAGCCUAAGAUGUUUAAAAGAUUUACUAAGAUUUAUAAAACAAAAUUAAAAAUGGAGAUAUCAAUGGAGUCAGAUAUCUUCUUGGAAUAGAUCCUUUUACCUCUAACCAAAUGUAACCAAUUCAUAUAUAUACAAUUGUUGAUGAAAAAAAAAAUACAUUGCUUAUGGAGACUGUUUUGAAAGAUCAAAAUAUACUUUUUAUUGAUCUAAUAACAUAUUCCCUUAAAUAAUUCGGGUAUCUAUUCAUUAAGAAAUUUUAGUGAGUUUCAAACUAAAUUGUGGGUUACUCAAUAAAAUGAUUCUGGAAUUUAAUGUAUGCAUCUAGCUACUUAAAAAGGUAAUGUUACAAUUCUUGAUGCAAUUUUUAAGUUAGGAAUCCAAUUAGAUUUGAAAACUAAAUAAGGAUAAACUAAUUUGCAUAUAGCAUCACAAUCAGAUUAACCCAUCAUAUUAUACUAUUUAGUGAAAAUUGCUAAAGUUGAUAUUGAUAUUAUGGAUAAUGAUUUUAGUACAGCUUUGCAUUUGGCUAGUCAUUAAGGCAGUGAAUAAUGUGCUGGUUUACUCUUAACUUGGGGUUGUAAAAUAAACACUAAAAAUAUUUAUGGAUGCACUUCUCUGCAUGUUUCAGCUAUAAGUGGAGAAUACAAAAUCACAAAAAAAUUACUACUAUAUAAUGCUAAAACAAGAUUAAGAAAUAAACAGAAUAAGACUGCCUAUUAAUUGGCUGUUGAAAAUGAUUUUCCAACUAUUAGUUAAAUGAUUUUGGAAUAUUAGGAGGGGAAUAUUAAAUGUAAUAAUAUAUUUGGAUAGAAAAAUAAGCCUAGAAUUGUACUAUUAUUUUAAUAAAUAUAUCUAGAAUAAAAAGUGCAAAUUAUAAAUGUACAAUUUUAUAUUCAUGUUAUUCCUUAAUUUAAUCUAUUAAAUUCUUUUCACAAUCGGAAAUAAUUUGUUUGGUUAUAUAUAAAUAAUUUCAGAUAUAUUAGAGAUCUUUUUAUUUGUGUAUAUGGUUAAAUCUGAUCCUGGAUAUUAAACUCAAUACAAAAAUGAUGGAUAAGUAUUCUAUAAAAUUCUAUAAAAUAAUCCAAAAAAAUUAGAAAUUUGUUCAGAAUGUGAAACUCUAAAGGCUUAAAGAAGUCGUCAUUGUGAUUUUUGUAAUAAAUGUAUCAUAGUAUAUGACCAUCAUUGUCCAUGGAUAAAUAAUUGUAUUGGAGCUAAAAAUCAUUUUUUAUUCAUGAUUUUUAUUUGGUUUACUUUCUUUACUAUAGGAUUUUAAUUAUUUAUUUCUAUUAUUCUUUUUAUAGAAAUAGUAGGGAAUUUAUCUUUAAUUGGAAUUACAUCUUAAAAUUAAUAUUAGUUGAACAAACUUGAUAUUAUUUUUAAUUAACUCAAUGAUUUUAGAAAGUAUUUAAAUAUUUCAAAAGGUGUUAAAAUAGAAUACAUAGUGUUAGAACUAUUAUUAACUUUAAUAUUUUUUGUUUUAUUAAUUGUUAUAAUAUGUACAUAGCUUAGGAAUAUUUAUUAUAAUAGAACUACUUUUGAAAGGUUAAGUAAAAAAUAUAGAAGAUUUAAGUAUUAUUAUUUUAAUGAAUUUUUUAGUAAUUAACAAUCAAGUUUGCUGUAAACCAGUUAAGUGGAGAAUGAUAUUAACAAUUCAAAUUGUCUAAGGAAUUGCUGUCAAUUGCUAUUUAGUAAUAAGAAUUGUUAAGAUUACAAUUAUGUUUACCAUGAUAAUACAAGCCUUACAACAGGAAUAAUUUCUUGA